AAGAAGCAAGCUUUUCCCUUCACUGAAAAACUCAACUCAUCACCAACUUCUGCAUAGUUUGAUCUGCCAGCCAUGGGAUCAUCCUUGAGUGGUUGCUGUGGUCUGAACAAUACAGAAAAGGGUGCUAACAUGGUUGCUGGAGCUCGCACUUCAUGGAGGAUAUUCACGUACAAGGAGUUGGAAGCAGCAACUAAUGGAUUCAGUGAGGAGAACAAGCUUGGGGAAGGAGGCUUUGGCUGUGUCUAUUGGGGUAAAACCAACGAUGGUCUUCAGAUUGCAGUGAAAAAGUUGAAGGCAAUGAAUUCAAAAGCAGAGAUGGAAUUUGCUGUGGAAGUAGAAGUGCUUGGAAGGGUUCGUCACAAGAAUUUGUUAGGGCUUAGAGGAUAUUGCGUUGGGACAGACCAAAGGCUUAUUGUUUAUGAUUAUAUGCCUAAUCUCAGCUUGCUCUCUCAUCUCCAUGGCCAAUUUGCUGCUCAAGUCCAUUUAGAUUGGAGGAGGAGGAUGAAGAUUGUAAUCGGCUCAGCUGAAGGCCUCCUGUACCUGCACCAUGAGGUCACACCCCACAUAAUUCACCGGGACAUAAAGGCCAGCAACAUCCUCCUAGAUUCAGAUUUUGAGCCACUAGUUGCAGAUUUUGGGUUUGCAAAGCUAAUCCCUGAAGGUGUUAGCCAUAUGACCACUCGAGUUAAGGGCACAUUAGGGUACUUGGCACCUGAGUAUGCUAUGUGGGGAAAGGUAUCAGAGAGCUGUGACGUAUAUAGCUUUGGAAUUCUCUUGCUUGAAAUUCUCACAGGAAGGAAACCAAUAGAAAAGCUCCCAGGUGGAGUGAAGAGAACAAUCACCGAAUGGGCUGAGCCAUUGAUAAUCCAAGGGAAGUUUAAGGACCUUGCUGAUCCAAAACUUGGAGGAAAUUUCAACGAAAAUCAGCUUACACAAGCUAUUAAUGUUGCUGCACUAUGUGUGCAAAAUGAUCCUGAUAAGCGACCAAAUAUGAAAGAAGUUGUUAGCAUGCUUAAAGGAUAUGAUCCUAGAGGUAAAGUUAUCCAAAAUAGGAUUGAGAGUGCUAAAUAUAAUGACGAAUUGCUUGCACUUGACCAAACUAGCGAUGAUGAUGAUGAUAAUGGUGGCGAUAGCUGUGAUAUGGAGAAAAAUGGAUACAGUGUUUUUGGUUCUAUGGAGGUGCAAAAAAAGUAAGAUUCUUAUAUGCACAAUCUUUUUCAACUUGGCAUGUAACAGGUUUGGUGAUUGAAAAUUUACAUUUAAAAAAAAAUGUUUGAGAUUAUAUAAAAUAUGUUUGUUAAUUUUU